GUUCAAUCAAUGUUUGACUUUAUUCAAUGGGUUUGUUGGAUAUAGAGAGAGUACCAGAAAGAUGUAUUUGUCAAUGGGUGGAGCAAUUGGUGACACAUUUGAUAGUGAAGAUAAUAGUGAGUUGUUUAGCAGGCUAAAUCAACAAUUAACAGAAGCAAAUAUUGAUUCCAUGUCUAAUUCAACUAAAGAAAUAGCGUCAGAGUCCGAUCUUUCACUCAUACUAAACAAGCAGAUUGAGUUAUUGGAAUCAAAGGGAAUAUCUCCACCUGAACUACUUGAUAGGAUAUUUACAUCUUCAACAGUUGCCAAUCUUCCGUCCUAUUACUACAUCAACUAUCUCGAAUCAUUAAAGGUAUACGACUACAAUUCUUCAUUUGAAUCUUUGUACAGAUACUUUGAUUAUAUGGUAUCGAAUAAUUCCAAAUAUUUCUAUCAUUUUGCGUUAAUCUUGAAAGCCAAUUUGCAUCAAUACUAUAAUCAGCAUGAGUUAGCCGUGAAUUCAAUUCAAGAAGCUAUUUCUAUAGCUCGUGAGAAUAAAGAUAAUUCUACCUUGACAUAUAUUAUAUCCUGGCUAUUCAAUUAUAUUAAAGAUAAACCUGAACUAGUUGGAGACACGGCUAACCCCAAUCAAUUGCUCGAGUUUUUAAUCAAAAAAACUAAAUCUGUAUCAUUAUCGUUAUAUUCCUUAAGUUAUAAUUUCAAAACAUUUCAAGUAUUAAAUCAUGGAGGGGGUAUUCGCACGUAUUUGAAUGACUUGACCAAAGCAACUUAUAUUUCAAUCUAUGAUGAAUUUCAAAUCACGUCAUUUAUUAAAACCAUGGAAAUGGGGGUGAUUGUAUGGAAUAGAAUUGGAAACAAUAUCUUGAGUGAAGUAUAUAAUGAUAUUGCUAUUGAAUUUACAAAUAAUUCCAAUGAUUUGAUUAGUCUUAAGAUUCGAUUGAACUUCUUGAAAUUUUUGCAAGGCGAUAUUGAAUCUAGUUAUAAUGAAUUACAAGAGUUGAAGAAAAGCGUACAGCAUGAUUAUUCCUUAUUCAAUUCAAUUCAAAUUAGAAGUUUGAUUAUGUUGAUUAAAAUCAAUCUUUUUAAAGGGAAAUUCGUUCAAGCUAAGGAAAUCGUGGUAACAUUGUUGGAUAAUGAUUUACAAGAUAUUGAAUUGAUUCAUGAAUUUAUUCAAUUGCAAGUUGAAAUUGAAAUAUAUUUGGAAAAUUAUAGUCGCGCCUUGAAAUUAAUUGAAAAACAUCAACAUCGCCUGAACACUUACCUUAUGAUACGACUUAAACUACUCAAGUGUGCUAUAUUCAACAAAUCAAACAACCACAUCAAAUCAUUUUCAUUAAUUAUACAAACUAUCCAAUUAAGCCAUAAAUGUGGAUAUGCCAAUCUUUUAAUGGAAGCGUUAAUUAUAUUUAUAAACAUUUUGAAUCAUUUGGGCUAUUUUCAAGAUGUGCUUGACAUAUUUGAAAAUAUAAUGCCGGCACUAAUCAGUUUGAACAGUCAACAUUUAACAUCACAGGCUUAUUUUGGGUUGGCACAUGCAUAUUUCAACAAUUACAAGAAAACCCAACAAGAAGCAUUGUUUAAUAAUGUCUUGAAAUUCUUAAACAAGAGUAUUAAAGGAUUUAAUAGUUGUAAUGAUUUAAUUAAUGUGAGAUCUUGCUCCGAGUUUGAAAUAGAAAUAGCUAAAUAUAGCCAAGAUCAUGAGUUAUUGGUACAUGCCAGGGAAAACCUCGAUAGAAUCAACACUUUGAUAGGUUAAUAAUUGAUGCGUUCAGUGUGUAUUAGGUCUAGUUUACAUAUUAUACUAGUAGUUAAAUACUAAAAGGGAUAAUGCUCUAAUGUGGAGAUCUACUUCUUCUUUCUAUCAUCCAAAUCCAUUCUGGCUAAAAUUAAGGAAGCAGCCUUCAAUUGGAUGACAUUAGCCACUUGUUUAAACAACCAGAUUGGGCAACAGAUCCAAACCAUUAAAGUCCCUAACCAGAAAAAGUUAUAGUAAUGUAAAUAAACCGCAACAUAGAACAAUUCAUUGACAAGACAAACAAUAAACAACACGGUUCUGUUGGUAUAAUAUAAAUUUAACAAUUUACUUUGUUUGGAAUCGACAUUUUUGUGGGAUGUGGAGCCCGCACUUAACAUGGCAUACAUGUGCAUGUAAUGAGAACUCAAAUCUAAACUAACCAAUAAUUGCCAUAUGAUAAUGAAGCUUGGAUAUAAUUGACUCAAAUAUAUGAUCAACGAACUGGUAGCACAUCUGUCAGUAACCAUAUCCAACACUGCCCCGAAUCUUGUACCUUGGUUGUAUUUUCUAGCUGCGUAUCCAUCCAAUGCAUCAAGAAGUCCGGAGAUCCCGUAAAAAAUGGACGUAAUUAUAGGUUCAUGAUAAUACAUGGAUAUAAAGGAAAGGAUGGCAAAGAGUAUUCUCGAGUACCCGAUUAGAUUAGGGAUGAAAAGGAAUAUAUCAUUGAUGGUUAACACCUUGGCCAGUUGUUUGGAUUGUGACAUUGGUAAGUAAGCUAGUACACCGUGAACGAAAUCUAAAGGAGAGGAUAUAAUUC